AUGGAAGAAUGUGCUCGACAAAUAGUCGCACGCAACAAUGAAGGACGUGACAUAUUAGAGAUGAAUAUGUCACUUCAUGUUGACACAAUAUCAGAGAUGAAUAUGUCGGACGCAGAAAUGGUAGAAGAGGAAGAAGACGAUUAUAUAAGUCCAGAUGAUAAUGGCCAACAAGUCCAACAAAUUAUGGGUUUGUUGGAAAAUUUAGAAAAUAAUUGUCCUUCUCGUGACUUUGGAGAGCAGUGUUCAAUUUGUUUGGAGGAGUUUUGUACUAAGUCAGAACUUGCUUAUACAAAAUGCUCACAUGUCUUUCAUAAAGAAUGUAUUGUUCCAUGGAUUCAGGAAUGCGUCAACAAUUCAUCUUCUUACUCUUGUCCAUUGUGUAGAAGUUAUAUAAUAUGA